AUGGCCUCCUAUUCCAAUCUCCGAUCCUCCGGUGCUUCAAUAGACGGCAUGGAAGCUGUCGAACUGAAAGACAGAAGGACAUCUAUGAGCGGUCGGAAGUCGGGCGACUUGGAGGCAGGCGAGGAACAUAUCGGAGCACCCUCUUCCUCUUGGAAUGACGCACCCGGUCCCUCCCAGUCAGGUCAACAUCGCAGACAGGACUCCCACGGCGCCGAUGACGAAGACGGUUCCGAGUAUGAGCUUCUUCUGGACCCAAACUUGCCUGCCGAAUAUAGCCAUAAACUUCGAGAUCUCACGAGAAAGUCACUCAGCUUUGACGACAAUCAAGUAGGGGUCAAGUUCGGCGAGAGUGAGGGCGAGGACGACGAGGAAGAAGCUGAGAACUCACCCUAUCCAGAAGUCCGGGCUGCCGUUCCCAACUUUGAUCAAGACCUGCCAUGCAACACCAUUAGGGCGUGGACCAUUGGGUUGUCGCUCAUUUUCUUGGGGGCUUCAAUGAAUACCAUCUUCUCAUUGAAAGCACCAUCCAUUAGUCUUGGGGCACUCAUUGCCCAGAUUAUCGCGUGGCCGCUGGGACAUGGCUGGGCGAGGUUUAUGCCCGAACGUGAGUUCAACACGUUUGGUAAAAGGUGGACUUUGAACCCGGGGCCUUUCAACAUCAAGGAACAUUCCGUCAUUGUUGUUAUGGCCAGUGUCUCCUUUUCCGUGGCCUACGCUACCGACAUCAUCUUAGCCCAAAAGGUGUUUUAUAAGCAGGACUUCGGCCUGUUAUGGGGGGUUCUUCUGACGAUAUCCACACAAAGUUUGGGCUAUGGGAUUGCUGGAAUGCUGAGAAGGUUUCUGGUCUACCCAGCUUCCAUGAUCUGGCCAGGAAACCUUGUGGCAGUUACAUUGAUGCACGCCAUGUACGGCCAGAACGAGAAGAAGGAUCCCACAAUAAUGGGUGGCUCCAUCCCCCGCUCCUUCGCCGUUGUGACUUGGAUAGCACCGAACAAUCCUGUCGUCAACCAGCUGUUUGGUUACUCGACGGGCCUCUCCCUGCUUCCUAUUACGUUCGAUUGGGCGCAGAUUACGGGAUAUGUUGGCUCGCCUAUGGUGCCUCCAUGGCACGCCAUUGCCAAUACCCUGGCCGGCGUAGUGAUAUUUUUCAUGUUUGCUGCCAGCUUUCUGCAGUACACCGGGGCGUGGUACGGCAAGUACCUGCCAAUGAGCGAUUCCAGUGUCUAUGACAAUACGGGCAAGACAUACGAUGUCGCGAGAGUUCUUAGCAAGGACUUCACGCUCAACGAAGUGGCAUAUAACACUUACUCGCCUCUAUUCUUAAGUACCACCUUCGCCAUAGCAUAUGGUCUAUCCUUUGCCGCCAUAUCUUCAUUGAUCGUGUACACCUGCCUUCAUCAUGGAAAGACAAUCUGGAGACAAUGGAUGAACAGCAAAAGUGAGAGGCCCGAUGUACAUAUGAGGAUGAUGAGGAAGUACAAGGAGGCCCCAACAUGGUGGUAUAUGUCGCUCUUUGCAGUGAUGCUCGCCCUAGGUUUCUUCACCGUUCUAGGCUGGCAAACCAACCUGACCUGGUGGGCCUUCCUCCUCGCCGUCUUCAUUUCCUUCGCCUUCUCCCUCCCCAUCGGCAUCAUCCAAGCCGUCACCAAUAACCAAAUUGGCCUCAACGUGUUGACCGACUUCAAAACCUUCGGCUACAUAACCAUGUCCCAAGCCCUCACCUUCGUCGGCGACCUCAAGUUCGGCCACUACAUGAAGUUACCCCCUCGCGUCCUCUUCUCCGCCCAAGUCGUCGCCACCACCUUCUCGUGCGUGAUCCAGAUCCUCGUGCUCAACUACGCCCUCCGCACCAUUCCCGAAGUCUGCACCCCCGCGCAACCUCAACACUUCACCUGUCCCGGCGGUCGCGUCUUUUUCUCCGCAAGCGUCAUCUGGGGACUGAUAGGUCCGGCAAGGAUGUUCUCCCCGGGCCAGAUCUACUCCUCGCUGUUCUUGUUCUUUGCCCUGGGAGCCGUCGUGCCGUUGGUUAUCUGGUUCCUCCUCCGCCGUGCGCAGAGGCGGAAUCCGCAUACGAAGACGUGGUUGCGCUAUGUCAUUGCCCCCGUCAUCUUUGGCGGCGCGGGCUCGAUCCCGCCUGCUAGUCCGCUGAACUAUUUGAGUUGGGGCAUCGUCGGGUAUGUGUUCCAGUACGUGGUGAGGAAGAAGCACUUUGGGUGGUGGAGCAGGUUGAAUUUCUUGACGAGCUGCGGGUUGGAUUUGGGGUUGGCGCUCGCCACGCUGGUUGUUUUCUUUGCAUUUACGAUUAAUGAGAUUAGCCCGCCAAGCUGGUGGGGGAAUGAGGUGGUCAAGGGCACGUUGGACUUUAAGGGAAUGGCGGUUAGGGCGACGGUAAAGGAGGGAGAGAUCUUUGGGCCGAGGGUUUGGGCUCUUGGAGGAGGAGGAGGAAAAGGAGGAGGAGGGUCUGGGUAG